AUGCCCCAAAACACACGCAGAACCCCAAAUCAGCGAGGGAGUCCGCAGCAUAAGAAGAAGAAGGUUGCAAAGGAUGUUAAGGAAGGCGAUACGGAAGAAGUGCUGCUGUUCGAUGUGGAGGCGCUGUUGAAAAAACAUGCUGAGAGCGCAGAGAGCGCAGAGCAGAACGACGUUGUAAAAGUGCCAACAGUUGUGCGUGAACACAAGAGCGAGGCCUUCCCAGAGACUGAAGUUACCGUACACGAGAUAUCCUCCACGGGAGACGGCCUAGCGCUUUCCCCUUCGUUCGAUCAUGUCUAUGUCGUACCAUUCACACUUGCGGGAGACAGGGCUCGAGUCAAGGUUGUUAGGACCAUGCACAAGGAGUCUUACAGCGUCACAGAUCUACUCGAAGUUAUCACGCCAUCCCCCCAGCGCGAUGACUCUCUUAUUAAGUGCCAGUACUUCGCCAAAUGCGGAGGCUGCCAGCUCCAGAUGCUUCCAUAUGAAGACCAACUGAAACACAAGAAAAGGAUUCUAGAGAAGGCAUACGCCAAUUUUUCGGGGCUGCUACCUGAAUUAAUUCCCGCGAUUCGGGAUACGAUGGGUUCGCCAUUGCAAUACGGCUAUCGAACCAAAUUGACCCCCCAUUUCGUCAUGUCGAGUCGCAUCCGACGCGCCAGCGUGGACGGAGAGAAAUCGGAGAUUCCGCCCAUUGGGUUCAUGCUCAAGGGUAGACGAACCGUUAUUGAUAUUGAAGACUGUCCUUUAGGAACGGAUAUUGUUAGACUUGGGUUGAAAAGUGAGCGCAAGAGAGUUGCUGAGAACCUGCAUUCGUAUAGCAAAGGCGCGACACUUUUAUUGAGAGAAAGUACCACGCGCCGUUACAAGCGUGCGAGUACCAGUCCACAGCCGUCGGAAAACGGGUCGGAACGAUCUUUCUCUGAAGAAAGAGAACUCGUGCACGAGCACGGGGAGCAGGUAAUUCGAACAGAGUACCCAGACUUCAUCGAGGAAAAGCGCUGCAUUACAGAUCAAAAUGAAACCUCGAUUGAGUACGUCGACAACUACAAGUUUAUGAACAAGGCUGGCCAGUUCUUCCAAAACAACAACUCCAUCCUGACCCCAUUCACCCAAUAUAUCCGCGACAAUGCCCUUCUCCCUCCUUCAAGACUAUCUACCGCGCAACCCGCCCCAAAAUUAAAGUACCUACUCGAUGCAUAUUCCGGCUCCGGUCUCUUCACCGUAACUCUCUCACCUCUCUUCCUCUCAUCCCUCGGCAUCGACAUCUCUAUCCCCUCCAUCGCAGCAGCCCGCAUGAACGCUCGCGCCAACAAGCUUCACAAUACCGGCUUCGCUGCCGCGGACGCCGCCGCCAUUUUCAAGGACGUUCCUUAUCCGCCAGAUCAGACCCUGCUCGUCAUUGACCCACCUCGAAAGGGCUGCGACACCAACUUUUUAGAACAACUACUAUCGUACGCGCCCGCGAGAGUCGUAUACGUAAGCUGCAAUGUCCAUACCCAGGCGCGCGAUGUCGGUGUGCUGGUUCAGGGAGGAAACAUCAACGGAAGAGAAGUGAGGUAUGAAAUCGAGAGUAUUAAGGGAUUUGAUUUCUUCCCACAAACGGGCCAUGUCGAGGGAGUUGCGAUUCUAAAUAAGGUUGUUUCGCAACCUCAGGGUACGACUGUAGCAACGCCGGCGAGGACUCCGGUUCCUGCUGACAUCGGCGCUGCGAUUCCGCCCAGCUAA